AUGAUUUUAACAGCAACAGGUUUUCUUAUAAAAGAUGGGUGCUUGAGGAUGGGGGUUGUGAGUUGGAAAAUGUCUAAGGCUGUAAGAAGUGGUAGAAAGUUAGGGGUGCUUCUUUAUUUGGGCAUAAAGGAGAUCAGGAACGGACUGUGGCUGAGGAUGGGUGUUCAGGUGGUUGGAGUUGACAGGUCAUGGUUCAAUGGUCGGAGUUGGGCGAAAUUGGGAGCGGAGCGGAAGUUCAGAGGCAAUGUCCAUGGUCAGCAAUAA